CGGAGCCUAGAGCAGAAGUUGUAAAGCAGUGCAGAAGUCCGGUAGAUAAAGGGCGGAAGUAGGGUGUCCAAUCCUGCGAACAUGGCGCAGAAAGAGGAAGAUGUUAGAGACUACAAUUUGACUGAAGAGCAGAAGGCUAUCAAGGCCAAGUAUCCGCCAGUCAAUAGGAAGUACGAAUAUUUGGAUCAUACAGCGGAUGUCCAGUUACAUGCAUGGGGAGAUACCCUGGAGGAAGCAUUUGAGCAAUGUGCAAUGGCCAUGUUUGGUUACAUGACAGAUACUGGGACUGUGGAGCCCCUCCAGACAGUAGAAGUAGAAACUCAAGGAGAUGAUUUACAGUCUCUUCUGUUUCACUUUUUGGAUGAAUGGCUUUAUAAGUUCAGUGCUGAUGAAUUCUUCAUACCCCGGGUAAGCAAGGGUUUUUCUUUUUUACUGAGCAAACAGUUUCACCUUUUAAAAUAUAAUAAGUGAUAAUGCAAAAACCAAUCCAUACAGCUAUGUAAGAUGAUAUUUAUUUGUAGAAAUUAUAAUUCCCACUGGCACUUCCUGGUUAAUCUGAACUUAAUUACAUAUAAGCAUUUUGCAUUUAACUCUCUGAUCAUGUAUGUGUUACUAACCUGGAUUGUGUAAUUAGACUGCCCCUGCAGUCUUCCUCCACACUUUUUGUUUCCCAAAUUUGAGAUCUAUUUGUGUCCAUUUAUGUUCCUUUUGUCCAUUUCAACUGUAGAAGUUCUGACAUGUGGGCCUAAAUUAAAUUGUUU